AAUUGAAUUUCUGAAUCGAAAGAUAAACGUUAACGGAACAUAAUGUCGUCGGGUGUAAAAUGUCGUAAUUGUGGUUCCACCGAUAUCGAAGAAGAUAAUGCACGUGGUGAUCGAGUUUGUACAAAUUGCGGUUCGGUUCUUGAGGAUUCUUUGAUUGUAUCGGAAAUACAAUUUGAAGAGGUAGGCCAUGGUUCGUCGGCUAUUGGUCAAUUUGUAUCGGCUGAAUCUUCAGGUGGUGCCACCAACUAUGGCUAUGGUAAAUUCCAAGUUGGCAGCGGCACCGAAUCGCGUGAAGUGACACUGAAGAAAGCCAAACGGGAAAUAACGCAUUUGUGUCAACAGUUACAGUUGACACAGCAUUACAUCGAUACGGCUUUGAAUUUCUUUAAGAUGGCUUUAAUGCGUCAUUUAACCCGCGGUCGUAAGAGUACUCACAUAUAUGCUGCGUGUGUCUAUAUAACUUGUCGCACUGAAGGAACAUCACAUUUAUUGAUUGAUAUAAGUGAUGUACAGCAAAUAUGUUCCUAUGAACUCGGUAGAACCUACUUAAAAUUAUCAAAUGCUUUGUGCAUUAAUAUUCCAUCAGUUGAUCCUUGUCUGUACAUAAUGCGUUUUGCCAAUAAAUUGCAAUUCGGUGCUAAGGCUCAUGAAGUAUCAAUGACGGCAUUGCGUAUCGUUCAACGUAUGAAAAAAGAUUCCAUCCAUUCGGGUCGAAGGCCAACCGGUCUCUGUGGUGCAGCUCUCCUCAUUGCGGCUCGUAUGCACGAAUUUAAUCGUACAAUUGUGGAUAUUGUGCGGAUAGUGAAGAUCCAUGAAUCCACAUUGCGUAAAAGACUGACUGAAUUUGCCGAUACACCGUCAAGUGCCUUGACAUUAGACGAGUUUAUGUCGGUGGAUUUGGAGGCGGAACAGGAUCCGCCGGCAUUUAAGGCAGCUAGGAAAAAGGAUCGGGAGCGUAUUAAAGAGAUUGGUGAAAGUGAAUUAACGGAGCUGCAAAAGGAAAUUGACUUACAGCUGGAGCAAGAUCUCAAACGAGCACAAAAAAGCGCCCUCAAGCGAUUAGCUUUCGGCAAAGACGACUUCGAGGAGGAAGAAACUGCCGAAUUUAUAGAAAAAUCUAAUCUCGAAGCGAUACAAGAAUGUCUGGCUGAAAAUCCCGACCUCUCCGAUGCAGCACCGAAAACACAAAAACUCGUUAUACAAGGUCUUAAACCUGACAUUGAAUCCAUGUGUCAGCCAACAGCAAGUGAGCUGCAAGAAUUAGAAAAAUCCCAACAAAAAGAUGAAGGUGGCGAAUUAAGUUUAGAAGGACUGGACGAUGAAGAAAUCAAUAAUUACAUACUUACACAUGAGGAAGCGGAACGUAAGAAUAUCAUGUGGAAAGCUUUAAAUGCUGAAUACCUCAAAGAAAUGAAAGAGAAAGAAGAGCGGCUAGCCAAAGAACGGGAAGAAGGUAAACCGGAGAAAAAGAAACGUAAAUCGCGUAAGAAAGUAAUAGGACCAUCGACCACCGCUGGGGAAGCUAUUGAGAAAAUGUUGCAAGAGAAGAAAAUCUCUACUAAAAUUAAUUAUGAUAUUCUUAAGACUUUGACGGAGGGUGGAGCUGCAAGCACCAGUACUGCUUCGAAUAGUAAUAAUGCAACGGAUGGUGGUGGCUCUAUAAAACAAGAAGUCAAACGUGAGGAUAUUAAACCUAAAGUUGAUGUGAUAAUUGAAUCAGGGCCAAUUCAUACUAAACAUGGUCGCGGAAAACCUUCAUAUUCGAUAGGUGGCCCCAGUGCAAAAAUACCCAAAUUGGAAAUGGGUCUACCGGUUGCUGAACCGGAACAAAAGGAUGAUGCUGUUGUUGUAGAGAAUGAUGACAUCGAAGAUGAUGAUGCCGUUGCUGAGGAUGAUGUUGAGCCAGAACCUGAAAAAGAAUAUUCAUCGCUUAAGGAUAUGCUCAAUGAUGGCAAUGAUGAUGAUGACUAUUAUGGUUAUGAUGAAGAUAACUAUUAGAAA